UAUGUUGUCUUCAUUAUGUUCAACAUUCAAUUUAUAUUAUUUUCAGUAAUUUUGUAUAAAUUAGAAUAAUUGAAGCAGUUCAUUAUGGCAGCAGGACCAUACAAUUAUUCCUAUAUCUUCAAAUACAUUAUUAUAGGUGAUAUGGGUGUUGGAAAGUCAUGCUUACUGCAUCAAUUUACAGAGAAAAAAUUCAUGGCUGAUUGUCCACACACAAUAGGUGUAGAGUUUGGAACAAGGAUAAUUGAAGUUUCCGGACAGAAAAUUAAAUUACAGAUCUGGGACACGGCAGGACAAGAAAGAUUCAGAGCUGUUACAAGAAGUUAUUAUCGAGGUGCAGCAGGUGCAUUGAUGGUUUAUGAUAUUACGCGUAGAAGCACUUAUAAUCAUCUGAGCAGUUGGUUAACGGAUGCAAGAAAUUUGACAAACCCCAACACUGUCAUAUUUUUAAUCGGAAACAAAGGGGAUUUGGAUGCUCAACGUGAUGUAACAUAUGAAGAAGCAAAACAAUUUGCAGAUGAGAAUGGACUUCUCUUUCUAGAAGCAAGUGCAAAAACAGGUGAAAAUGUUGAAGAUGCAUUCCUUGAAACUGCCAAGAAGAUUUAUCAAAAUAUUCAAGAUGGAAGUUUGGACUUGAACGCUGCUGAAUCAGGAGUUCAACAUAAACCUACAAACCGACCUGGUCCAAACCUCGCCAAUGAUCAACAACAAAAAGAUAACAACUGCAAUUGUUAAUGUACCUCUUUCAAUAUCCAACCAAAAUAAUAAUGAGAUGAACUCGCCCGUUUUCCAGAUUUUAUGUAAUUGCUAAAGACAGAUCUGCUGACUUCAGGGCUGAAUGCCAUUUGUGCAAAAAAUUCUUAUUCAAUUUUUCUAUGUAUUCCUCUAAAAUUGUUAUGAAAAUCUUAUAUGUGGUGGCUCUUUCAGUCAAUACAGAGAAGCAAUCUUGCUUUAUUAUCACAUGGGUAUAAAUAAGCUUUAUCGAUAAGUUAUUCUCUGUGCAUGGCAGGUAUUGAUUUUUUUGAAAACUGUUGUUAGGUUCAUAUAUUAAAUCCCAAUUACAAUUACAUGUUCUUAAUCCACUUUUUCCAAUAUUUGAGUUAAAAUGGCAACUCGAUUGGCGAAUUUGAACUCAAAUGAUAUCCUGACUGCUGUGUUUUAUAUGAAAAUAAUUUGGUUCAUAUAGUUUCUCUUUAUGGAGAAUCUUGUUCCAAAAUAUUACAUCUAUACCCAGUAAUAGCCGUUGUGGGUUGGAAUUGAUAAUAAAUAAUACAGUAUACCUACUUGAAAAUUCCCAUUGAAUCAUCAAAUCUAUUAAUUACGGUAGUUGAUGCUUAUCUUUUUUGCCCCUAGAUGGGACUGCAUAUCUGUAUAUUUAUAUAUGUGUACAUAAUAUUAUUAUUGAUAAUCCGAACUUUAUCAAGAUUUUAUAACAAUAGGCUAAGAUAAUUGUGUUCUGCAUUGUUGAGUCAUAAUCUCGUAAACGUAUUGUUUGAAUGAGAUGUAUAAGUGGUUGGAAGAAAUGUUUUUUUUCACUAUUAAUUAACGAAGCGUAGUUUAGCUCAUCAAGUGCAUCGGUCUUUUUAGUGGUAAUAGUCCAUGGUACGUUGUUGUCUCUAAGUAACCUUUGUCUCAAUAUUUUUUGCUUCAAGGUUGGGGUUAGUUCCUUAGUGCAUAUGAGAAAUGUAAUAAGGAUAUUUAUUUAAUCAUUUAUUGCUAUAUUUCUGCUUGUUUUCCAGCUUGGAUCAAAGUUAUACUCAUAAUUAUUGUAAGCAUUAUUGCAAUUUUGGUUUGUCCAACUUAGAUUGCUUAUUUUCUGUGUAGAUGCUUGUGGCACUUAUCAUUUUAUCGAGUUAAUAUAGUUGAAUCCCCAUCGCUGAACAUGCCAUGAAUUAAUUUGAUUGUUUAUUGUUUCCAUAGGGAUUGCUACGAUGCAUUGAAGAUAUAUACUGAAUAGGAUAAUUCUCCCAUUUUUUGAGCAAUCAAUUGGUUGUCAUUUAUGCUCAUUUUGUGGUAUAUAGGACAUGAUUUUUAGUAUUCCUAAUGCAAUCUUAUUUGGAUCUGAUUAAAAACUACAGGUAAAGUUAACUCACCUAUUUCAAACUCUGUCAAUUGAUUUCUCUUCAAUCUGCUAUUCAUAGGUUACUGAGGCAUUUUAUUGAGAGUAAUUUACAAAUUUCCUGUUUCGAUCUGCUAAAUCGGCCUAUUCCAAAAUGUCAAACAAUGAUUAUACUUGUAUGUAUUUUAUCAUAGGGCGUUUUCUUAAGCUUGCUUUUGGUUUGCAUAUUUAGAUAUGUUGUCUUUUCUACCACUAUUUACCCUUGCGAGUGUUGUGUUGAAAAUCAUGAAGAAAUUACUACAGA